AUGGAGGCUCGUUAUCAACAAGAACUUCGCGAUCGUGACCCUGCUACCGUUGAAGACCUUGCCUUCGACACGUUCCAGACAACUGAAAUUAGCGGAAUUGACGAUAAACUCGUUAAUCUUCAGGUAUCAAUAAUCAAUGAAGAAUGUUCAAAUAACUAGAUUCAGCGUCUCUCAUUCGUUGGGUGUGGCCUGACUUCGCUCAAAGGGCUUCCCACUCUGCCUGCACUCACCAGACUUGAUCUUUGCGAUAAUAAAUUGAGCACUGGACUUGACAUCAUUGUCAAGAACGCUCCAGAGCUUGAGGAACUCGUACUUUCAGCUAACAAGUGAGUAACAAUCUUUUUUGUUGAAUUUUUUCAAAAAUUUCCAAUUAAAAACAAAUUCAAUUUUUAGAUUUGAUACACUUGACUCCAUCCGUCCCUUGAAGCAGUCCCAUAUUCGGACUCUCGAUCUUUUCGACAACAAGAUUACGGAGAUUGAGGGAUUCCGGGACAAGGUCUUCGAAAUCAUUCCAACUCUUGAAGUACUAGAUGGAGCAGAUUCUGCUGGUGUUGAAGUUGAAGGAGAGUCGUUCGACGGAGAGGUAAAUGUUUCUACCGUUAUAAGCAUAUGAAGUGCGGCGCAGCACUAGAAUUUCUCAACUCUUUUCCGUUUGUACUGUUUUUUUUUUAGGAUGGAGAGGAUUCUGGUGAUUCGGGAGAUGAUGACGGCGAGGAAGACGGACCUGGUCUGAGCUACCUCGACAACAGUCAGCUGGAUGAAGACGAAACUGAAGACUACGAUCCAGAAGCCAAGAAGGAGGCUCGUGGAACUAAGCGCGGAGCUGAGGAGGCUGAAGAGGAGCCGGAGGCGAAGAAAGUUGCGGAGAGUGACGAGUAG